AUGGCGUGGGGCGGCGGUGGUGGUGGGGCCUGGGGGGCCCGCGGUGGGACCGGGGUGGACGACUGGGUGCAGCGCCUCGAGGCGAACGAUGCGAGUCUGACUUCCCUGACCGUGCUCCGGUUCCGGAAGUUCGGCCACGAACAGGUCACGGCGCUGUGCGCGGCUCUCCGAUCCAACACGUCCCUGAAGGAGCUCUACGCGAGCGGCCACGCCAUGACCGCGGAAACGGCCGCCGUGGUCGCGGGCAUGCUUCGCGAGAAUACAUCCCUCGCGUCCCUCUGUGUGGGCUCGGCGGACUUCGGGGACGACGGCGUCGCCGCGCUGGCCGCAGGGCUGUCGCGCAACGCGACCCUGAAGCGCCUCGACCUCGAGAACAAGGGCGUGGGCCCGGCGGGCGCGGCCGCGCUGGCGGAGUCCCCCGGCGGGCUGCAAGAGCUGCUGCUGGCGCGCAACCCGCGCCUGGGCGACGACGGCGUGGCCGCGCUUGCCGCGAGCGCAGCGCUCGUGCGCGGGCUGCGGCUGCUGGAUCUUCGCGCGUGCGGCGUCGGCGCGAGGGGCAUGGCCGCGCUCGGGAGCGCGCUCGCGGCGUCUGGCGCGCCGGGUCGACGCGUGCUGCUCGCCGCGAACGCGCUCGAGAGCCCGGACGACGCGCGGAGCGCCUGCACCGCGCUGGGGGCGGCGCUGUCCGCGCGGUCGAUCGCGCACCUCGACCUGACGUCGUGUCUGACCAGCGACGGAGUGCCAGCGCUGGUGGGGGCACUCUCAGGGGAGGUGGAGCUGAGCCUCGGACUGUCCAAGUGCGGCGUCACGGAGGACGGGUGCCGCGCUCUCGGGGAGGCGGUCCGGCGCGGCGUGCGGUUCGCCCAGCUCGACCUGUCAAACAAUGCCAUCUGGCCCUCCGGCGUCGCGUGCCUCGCCAGGGCGCUCGCGUCGUCGCCGGGCGUCGCGGAGCUGGACCUCGCAGGGUGCCGGGGCGGCGACGAUGGCACGGAUUGCGCGGAAGCGGUCGCGGCGCUGGCAGCGAUCCCGCAGCUGCGGAGGCUGUCGCUCUUCGACAACGCGCUGGGCUGUGGCGGCGCGCAGGCCCUGGCCGCGAGUGUCGCGGGCGGGGGGUUCCGCGACCUGACAACGCUGGUGGUCGCGGGCAACGGCCUUUCCCUCGACGACAUCCGCGGCCUGCUCCGAGUGCUCUGUGCCGACGGUGCAGCGCCGACGCUGCGUAGCAUCGAGGUGGCGGCCAACCCCGGCGCGAGCGACGAGGGCAUCGAAGCUGUCGUGGCCGACGUGCAGGCGAGCCGGCCCGGGCUCGACGUGGCCUGGCGCGCCACGGGCUCCGCCGAUCCAGGCAGCCCGGCCCCCGCGGCCCCGGGUGACGGCUCCGGGUAG